AUGUCGACAAGAGCUUUAGCCGAGUAUUAUGCAACAAACUACACCAAAUGUAACUUAACCUAUAGUUUUUUAGCUUCCUGGCAAGGAGUUGCUUACCCAAACCAUGCAAUUCAGUUGCUGUCACUACCAAUCCAAGUUCUCGCUUUUUACAUAAUUUUGAACAAAACACCCGUUUAUAUGAAAAGUGUCAAGUGGCCGUUAUUCAUCAAUCAUUUAUCAUGUGCAUUGUUCGAACUCACACUGUGCACCCUAUCAACUUUAUACUGUUUUCUUCCAAUUUUUGGAAUGUUUGGAGUCGGCGUGCUGAGUUGGAUUGGAAUGCCAUAUGGUUCACAGUUAGCUUUGAUAGCAUUCAUUGGAAUUUGCACCUGUAGCUCAUAUAUCUAUUUAUUUGAAUCUCGUACAAAUUGUCUCGUUCAAAAUAAAUUCAAAAUGAAUACAACGCGGAAGAGAAUAGUAUAUCAUGUUUCUGUUUUCUUAUUCAAUGUUCUAGCAUUUUCGUGUUGCACUCUAAACGUGCCUGGAGAUCAGGACGCGGCAAAACUUGAAGCGCUGAAAUCAUACCCAUUCCUACACAAGAAUUUUUUUAUAUUUUUUAACACUAUUUUAAACUGCGGGUUUCACAGUUCUUGCACAAUAUAUUAUCUCUACAUAAAUCCACCCAAAACUCUCUCCAAAGACACUCAAAGGAGCCAAAAAGCGUUUCUGAUGGGCAUUACGUUUCAAGUUAUUGUUCCCUUAUCAUGUGUUAUCAUUACUUUUGGCUUAGUAUUUCUUGGUUACUCUUAUGGUUUUUAUUCCCAAGCGCUUAUGAAUUUUGGCGUCGACUUUGGAGGACUACAUGGACUUGGGGAGAGUAUUGUCAUUUUAUCUGUGCAUAAGCAGUAUAGAAAAGCAGUUUUUGAUCUACUGUGUCGGCAGAAAUCUAAAACUGAUCAUAGCAAGACCAAUCUGAAGCCAACCAGCCACUUGGCGCUGUAA